AUGAAAUUUACAGGAACGCAUGUCUGGAUGAAUGGGGCGACGGCGACGCGUUUACUCGUCGUGGUGUUGUUUCGACUUGUUCAUUGGGUACUGCUCCUCGAAUCGGACCUCUACGCGCUGAUCAAGCGACUUCUGCGUCCGGAACAAACUCUCAUUGAGGUUUUCAACCUUGUUGGCAGGUUUAUCUUUUUUCUUUUUGAGCUUGUUGAUCCUCCGCUUAAGGUUUCGAAUCGAUGAGACAGACGCCGCGAGAGACAGCGACUUCCUCAUAUUCCACGACUACUUUACGAACUUCGAUGAAAUUUGCGAGUCCUAGUAAGCCACGGGUUCCUUUUCAUUCUUUCAAUUAGAAAACCAAAAAUGGGAAAAAAUAAAAAUUGAAGUACUGACCUUGGAAAACUUACUUAAACAAGAGUAAGGGAUAUAAAUCUUCGACACAAUGCCUGUCGACCAUUAAAAACAAGGAAAACAUCGACGAAGACUGUUUCUGGAUCUUGGUAUUCACAAGAAACACGAAAGACGCCAAACUUGAUGUUUUGUUGACUGUAAGAAAAAAAAGAACAGUCCAAGUUUCGUAUCAGAUCCGCUUGUAAAAAAAAAACGAACUUGAGCAAUAAACGGGAGGUUUGAUAGUUGCUAUCAAACCGACCGGUUUGAAAUCUCUGUUUUGAUUUCGCGUAAACACUUUGAAGGUUAUCGAAACACACUCUUUGGUCCGUCACCGAAAAAAAAUAUUGCUGCACUUGUUCCCUACUACUCCUGCCCACAAACAAGAAAGAUGAAUGAUAAGAUGAAUGGACUUUCUUGGUCAAAAGAUUGAUGGGACUUUCGUGAAGUUUGCCUGUAUGUUGCCAAUAGCACGUUCAAUUGAGAAGAAAAACCAGUUAAAGAUCGCCAGAUGAUAUUGAUCAAAAAAGUGGGAAGUUAACGGAUUAUGAUCAUUUUUUGCAGCUGGUCAGUCUAUCACAUAACCGAAAGUUAUGUGUACUUGGUCAAACACGAAAAUCGAGGCCCGGCUGACGAUGAAAACGAAAAGAAUAAAGAAAACGCGGAGCCGUCGAUCGAAAAGUGCUCAAAAUUGACAAGAUACCUAUUCAACAAUGCCGAGAAAGUAGCGCGAAUAAAGUUUGACGAUUUUGCCAAACUUGCCAGGGCGUUGCCGCCAUUCAGAGGUAAGCUUCGAACUUUUGAUCACCAGCAAAAGGAGUGACUUCAGCCAGAGUGGUGAUGAUCCACUCAACUCCCUGUGGCGGAGGAACUGUUGCCGCCAAGUUGCUCCAGUCCUGCGAUCGCUCUCAGCGAUCUCUUCUGGUUUUAGGAGAGCCUCCAGCUUUGACAUCACUGGCCCUGUUGCUCAACGUUUGCUCUAUCGAGAGAAUGCGAGCAAUCACACAAGCGACGAUGAGAUUCUGUCUUUUGCAUCAGAAACCCAACCAAACAGUUGUACUGAAAGCCAGGCAAGGUAGAAUGAAUCGGAAAAAAUAACUCUUAUUAAUUCAGACCUUGCUGCACAAAACUAGUUCCCUACGUGCAUUCGACAUGUCCCUCCGUCCACCAUGUCUUCAUCUCGACAAGGAGUCCUGUGGACGUGAUCACAAGACUCGUGCUCCACACGUCGCUUCAGAUGCCUGUUUUUUCCAUGGUCAGAACAUUUGUCCGGUCUAUCAAGGCUUCUGUGGUUUCAGACUUGUUGGAUGAUGAAAAACUGGCCUCUUCUAUGUGACACUUUCUUUUCAUGGCGACAGCUCGAAGCAGAAACUGUCGUAAAAAUCGGUCCGACAACCGAAGUUGAGUUCGCUCUGGCUCAGGUCAUGGGAGCCACUAUCAACUACCAGCGGAACUUGAAAUACUACGCACUCGACAUGGUCUACGUGGAAGAUCUGGUUAUUUUUAACGUUUUCUUUGUUGUUUCAAACAAUAACAGAAAUUUACGAUACUUGAAAUUGCAAGCACGCUGAGUCUCCGAAAUUGAAGCACUUUUCAAGCCAAUUUUGAAGCAAGAAAGACUCAUCGUUAUUUUCAAUGUAACAGAUGAAUAUCAUGAAGUCUGCGCAAAUUGAUAGUUCUCGCGAGAGAGAGAAACAUUUAAAAUGUUUUGAGGCGUAUGAUACAGUAUCAUGAAAAAGAAGUUUUUUGAUACUACAGAGAUUGUGGUUAAUAGUGAAUCAUUCGCGAAGUAUCAAGAACGAUUUUCUUAUUUUGAGAUGAGAGAAACGGCGUCGGUGAUCCGGCCACUUCUGAACGUUUGCGACGUGUCGGAUCUGGCGAUCCCAGAGUGCAUCGAGUGGAAAAGAAGCGAAGAGAACGUGCUGAGAAACGUGUGGGACAGCUUCCCCCUGGAGGAGCACGACCGCCUUCGCACCAAGUUGCUCGUCGAGUUCUUGCAGCAGGAGUGUCUCCAGUCCUGA